AUUUGGGAGGAAAUUGUAGCUGUGCAAUGGAGGACAUGUGCAUUGAAGGAUUAUUAAGAAACACUUUGUCCAUUAUGAUAUUUGGAGACCUACUAUCUGUGAUUGUCUCUUUUGACAUUGUAAUGUUCACACAUAAGAGUCCAGAUUGAGAGUAAUUUUAAAGUGAUGGUUGAUCAAUUGGACAUUUGUCAUCAUUGGUGAGAGACAAUGGGAGUUACACAACUGGCCUAGGAGAUUGUUGCUUAAUCAGACAAACAUCAUGCUUGACAUUAUUCUAGAAAAGGUACCAGCAAUCCUGCAAAACUCUGAAACAGCGAUCAGACUGAACAGUCCUAAUGAGUUAUUUUUAUAAAGUCAACAAAUUUUUUAAAGGAAUGUGAUUAUAUAUAAUUAAAAAAUAAAAUCUGGAUUUACCAAUGAUAUAUGAGUGACGAUAACGAACAGAGAUCAAUCUCAUAACUCCUACAAGCAACAUAAAAUAGAUAGUUGGGCAAACACGGACCCCUGGACACACCAGAGGUGGGAUCAGGUACCUAGGAGGAGUAAGCAUCCCCUGUCAAUCGGCCACACCCACCGUGAACCCUAUAUCCUGAUCAGGUUCAGAAAGUGUGGUGCCAAGAGUCAAACAUGUUAGAAUUUUUAAGGAACCUUUGCUGAGUCAGAGUAGGCGAACCUUGCUGCAUUGUCCAGUAGGACUUGACCACGUCCAGUAGGACUUGACCCCGUUUAGAGUGACCCUCGCUGCAUUGUCCAGUAGGACUUGACCACGUUCAGAGUGACUCGCUUAUAUCUGGGAUACCCAAUGUGUCGACCUAAAGUCAAAGGAUGAACUACGCCAGGUACCUGACCAGGAUUAGUGCUGCCCGCCAGCAGUCCCCCCUCAGGGUUCUUACAUCCAUCAUGCAUGAAAACCCAACCCUGAUAUCCAUGGCUGGUGGAAUGCCUAACCCGCAAACUUUUCCUUUGCUGGAUGCCAGUCUGAAACUCAGAGAUGGGACAACGAUUGAAGUGGAUGCCAAGUCUAUGAAAAUUGCCUUGCAAUAUUUAGGAACCAAAGGCUUGCCACCAUUGAUUGACUUUGUUAAUGAGAUACAGUACAAAGUUCACAACCCCCCUACAUACAGAGCAGUGGAUCAUCCUGGUCAGAUGGAAACAAUUAUAACUUGUGGAAGUCAGGAUGGACUAUGUAAGGUUAUUGAGUCUAUGGUGGCAGAAAAUGACAGCAUUUUAGUGGAACAUCCUGCAUAUCCAGGAACUCUAGCAAUCGCCAAACCCCUUACAUCCAAUAUAAUUCCAGUGGAUUCCGAUAAUGAUGGUUUAAAUCCAUCAAGCCUUCGGCAAGCUCUGUCAAGAUGGUCCCCAUCUGAAGCCAGAAAACUUGGAUCUGGUGCCCCAAAAUUUCUGUACGUGGUCCCAAACGGUGGCAACCCCACAGGGACAGGACUAACAAUAGAAAGAAAGAAGGAAAUAUACAAAAUAUCGCAGGAGUAUGACCUCAUCAUCCUGGAAGAUGAUCCAUAUUUCUAUCUGCAGUUCAGAAAGCCCUAUGUACCAAGUUUCCUGUCAUUGGAUGUGGACGGACGAGUGGUGAGAUGCGAUUCCUUCUCCAAGCUCAUCUCAUCAGGAAUGAGGCUGGGCUUUGUCACAGGGCCACGACCACUGUUGGAGAGGCUGGAACUUCACAUGCAGUGUUCAGUGAUGCAUGCAAGUGGAAUCGCUCAGAUGAUCUUAUUCAAAGUCUUGGAGAACUGGGGUCUAGAUGGUUUUCUCAGACAUGCAGAAAAUACUGCAGAGUUUUACAAAACUAAGAGGGAUCAGUGUUUAGCAGCUAUGGAGAAACAUCUCUCAGGACUGGCACAGUGGUCUGUGCCGUCGGGAGGUAUGUUUGUAUGGAUAAAGCUGAAUGCGAAGGAUACAUACAAACUCGUCACCAUCAAAGCCCGGGAGAAGGAUGUCCUCUUUGUCCCGGGUAAUGUAUUCAUGCUAGAUUCCACCAAACCCUGUGCCUACAUCAGGGCCUCCUAUUCCAGCUGUACAGAGGAACAGAUGAACACGGCAUUUAGCCGACUGGCAGAACUACUACGAGAAGGAUAGACACAACAAAUGUAGCAGAUGCCUGUGAAUUUGAUGUAUAAGCAGUACGAAGAUCAUGAAUUGAAACAAUGUUGAAUCGAAACGCAAAAAUAAUUAAAGACUUUGCAUCCAUCUCGGAUGUGAAACGGAUUUUGUUGUUUUUAAUUGAAUGUAAUAUGAUAUAUUUGAUAAAAUUGAAUAAGAACUCG